AUGGACUGUUUUCGAUAAGUAGGGUCUUAAAAUAAUUUAAAAUAUCUUUAUAAUUUUUAUCUUAGGAUUGAAUUUCUUUUCCUGUCUUUCCUUCCCAAAAACGGAUAGAGUUAUCACUAUUACUCUAUGCUAAUGUAGUACCAUUAGGAGAGAAGCAUACUGAUAAAACGAAACUACUAUGUCCAUCAAAUUUGGUCUUUUAUAAUCCUGUCUUAACAUUCCAUAGACGAAUAGAGUUAUCGCUACUACCAGAUGCUAAUGUAGUACCAUCAGGUGAGAAGCAUACUGAGUUGA